GAGAUCUUAUCAAACCGACUGGAGUUUGUUAUAUAUCUAGCAUGCACUGACAGGCCGAGUCCGAAAGGUGACUUUGCACGCUCCUACCAUUAGCUAUCCUUACCCUCCUACCAUUUGCACUGUCUACCUCAUGUCAAAGCCCAUUGAUGCGCAGGCUGUGGACAUACCCGACAGAUGGGUUGUGGCCCCCACCUCGUGCGUCGUUAGUCGCGAACCCCCCACGUCUGCUUUCCAGGUCUCCAAAUCGCUCUCGCAUGUCUACUCCUUCAAUGCUACGUCCUCGACUGGCUCACUUGUCCUUUCUCGCAAUACGUCGGAACUCCUUUCCACCCUCGGCGGCAAUCCUGUGAAUGAUGCGUUACAUUUUUUUGAUCAUUGGCUGCCCUGGACUCGGAGCACGACUGGUAUACAGAGCAGCCGUGAGCCUCAUCGUCAUGGAGAGUCCUUUGUACCAGGCACUGAGCCCAUUGUCACAGCUCCAUUUGUAUUUCACGGAUAUAGAGGCAGCUACGGGGAGGUGGAUGGGAAAGGGAGAGCCAUUCCUGCUCCACUGGAUGUCCGCCACGACAUUCAUUCAGCCAACUCUGAGGCUGUUCGUUUUGCACCUGGGCCUAAGGAGCUUGCUUCCUUGGUUCUCCGCUUCAAUGCAGAGGAGUCAUCAUACACGGCACUUCUGAACCAGGGUGAAUAUGGGACCCUCUAUGGAGAUACAGGGGUAUCUGUUUGCUCGGAUCGUCACUCCGAUAAGGGUGGCACUGAUAUGGUGAGGGUUUGUGAACUUCGUUCUGAGUUUCGUUCUGCCGCUGAUGACUUUCCCCAACCGUCAUUGGUUACACAACCUUCUCCGCCCUCACCUACAUUCGCAACCUGAAGGCGAGUGCACAUGCCCAGCACGCGUACAUUACAUCUGUUGUGCGCUUCAGGGACAAUGA